CACAAUUUCUGUUCUCACACACACACACUACAAUUUUUUCACCUUUAUAAGAGAUAAAUUCAUACAAAAAAUAGACCAUGCAGCUAAAAUGCAACAGCAGCGACAAAAGUGGCAAGGACAUCAAGAAUGCCCAGGACAAGAACUGCCACAAAAAACUGUCCGUCGAUGUGGAGAUCUGUGCCUUUUGCCUGGACACCAAGCGUGAUCCUGUCCAGCUGGAGUGCAAGCACUCCUAUUGCCGAACUUGCCUGGAAUUGUAUUGUCAGGCUCGCAGCUGGCAGGCGAAUCGUUGUCCCCUCUGUCGCUGCACCUUGGGACCGCAGCCAAUUCAGAGGCGGAACAAUUGGCGGCUCAAGAUCAUGCUGUUGCUGGUACUUGUUUUGCUCAGUUAUGGACCAUUUCAUUUGCUGCUAAACUAUUGGUAGUAUCAGACGACCUAUUCAACUCAUAAACUCACUUGGAAGUUCGUAUUCGCAUCUGAAUAAACCCGUAUAUAUAUUUGAAUGCAUAGAUUUUA